AUGGCUUCAGCAAAGGAAGCGUCUCCCAAGCUACGGGACUCGAGUAACGACGAUAACGAGCGGUACGCCAGCGUUGCCAAUGUCGAGAAAGGCAGAUGGGACCGCCUGUGGCCAGUAAUUGCAUGUGGUGCCGGAUUGUUCAGUGAUGGUUAUCUUAACAACAUCAUCGGUCCAGUCAAUACGAUGCUGGCCAGAAUCUAUCCCAACGAGUACGAGUCAUCCUCUGCUCAGGCAAACGUAGCCAGCAUUACUUUUGCGGGCACCGUGCUGGGCAUGUUGUUCUUCGGCUACACGUCUGAUCAUUACUCACGAAAGUGGUCGCUGUUCGUAUCCACGAUCAUCAUAAUUCUCUUCGCUGCACUUGGAACAGGAUCAUAUGGCGCAGGCGGUAGUCCAUCGGGUCUUCUGGCUGCUCUUGUUGCGUAUCGAUUUUUCUUGGGCAUCGGGAUUGGCGGCGAAUACCCAGCCGGAUCCGUAGGCUGCGCAGAAUCAACGGGCGAGCUCAAGUCUGGGAGCCGCAACAAAUGGUUCAUUCUGUUCACGAACGUUCAGAUUGAUCUUGCUUUCCUAGUCGCGGCCAUCGUUGCCACAAUCGUCGUCGUCAUCACCGGCGAGAACCACCUCCGCGUCGCCUGGCGUGUGUGUCUCGGCAUAGGCAUCAUCCCGCCUCUGUCCUUACUCUAUCUGCGUCUCAAACUGCAAGAGCCAGAGGCCUUCAAGCGCGAGUCCAUGGCAAAGACAAAGACACCGUGGCUGCUAGUUGCCAGAUUCUACUGGUUCCGUCUUUCCAUUGUCAGCAUCAUCUGGUUCAUCUACGAUUUCAGCGCCUACUCUUUCGGUAUCUACGGAAGCUCAAUCCUUGCCAAUCUACUGGGUGAUGAUUACCCACUGUGGAAGAGUCUAGCAUGGAACAUUCUGCUCAACUUCUUCUACACGCCUGGCGCCCUGGCCGGCGCCUUUGUCGCUGAUCUUCCAUCUAUGGGGCCAAGGAAAACGCUUUUCAUCGGCGUUGCUCUCCAGGGUGUUAUUGGAUUCAUCAUGGCAGGAUGCUAUCCGUGGUUGAGCAAGCCACAAAAUGUGGCCGGCUUCGUCGUCGUCUACGGCGUCUUUCUGGCGUUCGGAGAGUUUGGGCCUGGCGACAACAUCGGACUGAUCGCAUCGAAGACGUGUGCUACUGGUAUCAGGGGUCAAUACUACGGCAUUGCAGCUGCUAUGGGUAAAAUCGGUGCCUUCGCUGGGUCGUAUGCUCUACAAGCGAUACGUGACGCCGCUGGCGACGACGAGAUUGCGAAGGGACGCAACCCAUUCUUCGUUGCGAGUGCGCUAGCAUUCCUUGCUGCGGGCUUGGUGCUAUUACUUCCUCCGAUUGGACAAGACACCAUUGACGAAGAAGACGUAAAGUUCAGAGAGUUUCUGAGAUCAAAUGGGUAUGAUACAAGCAAAAUGGGGCUGGAAAGCGUGGGUUCUACUGGUGACGGAAGGGUGGUGGAGACGGAGAAGUAA